AUGGAGAAGAAGCGGGUGGUCAUCAUCGUCGGGGCCUGCGUCAGUGGCCUCACGGUGUGCAAGGACCUCCUGGAGCUCGACGGCCGUCCGACCCUCUUCGAGGCGGACACCGUGCUCGGCACCGAGCUCCAGACGCCGCGGCCCAUGUACCAGUACUCCGACUUCCCGUGGCCGGAGAGCGUGACGGUCUGA